CGCAUCGUCGGUCGGUUGUCGUCCAGCUUGUGUCGUUGCGGGGAAUUUCUUGGGGUUAGCUGGGUUGAUUUGGGAGAUUUGCACACCGGGGGACCGAAGGUGUUAAUUGGGCUGUUUAUCUCAAGAUCCCACCCAUAAACACCACACACACCCUUCGAGCUUUAGAAACCGAACCAGAUAGAGUGAUAGAAAUUACGAUCGAUCAAAUGAUUACCACCAUUCAAUAAACGGUUCCCGAUAAUCGGUGUCUGUCGGAUUAUUUUUUUCCUCUUUAUUACAAAAUUUAAGCACAUCUACAACAGUGUGAUACAAAUGUGAUUAUAUUUUUUUAUGUUUGUGAAAAACAGCUCAUUUGUAACGGCCCAUAAUCGAGGGUGGAUCAUGCGACCGGUGCCCGAUUAGCACCUGGAUUCAAAUGAGCCCUGAAAGUGCUGCGAAAAUCUACGGCCACAGCAGAUGGUUGAUCGUGAAACAUAACAACAACAAAACCGACACCGACAAUCACAACAACAUGCAAUCAAUAGUGUCACGAUCGCCAAAGUGAAGCAGAAGAAGAUCUAAACAAGUGGGGCUGGAAAUUUUCGUUCUAGAAAAGUGUGUGUUGUUUCAUUCAUAGAAAAUUACAACAAAAAGUAGGGAACCAUCAAAGUAGGCGGCAUGGCGGAUGAAGAAUCGGUGUUCGGAUUGAACGAUGCCACCAACAAUGAAAAUUCACAGGGCCAAACCUACCAAAAAUCGUCGUUUUGGUGCUGUUGGAGAAAGGGCAAUCGUGUAUCGCAGGAGGCCGAUUCGCUGAGCAUCAAGGUAGGCGGCGAGAACCAUGACAAGAAGACGAAAGCGAGCGAAACGAAUCGGAUCAAGUCGACAAAGUACACGGUGUUCACCUUUUUGCCGCUGAAUUUAAUCGAACAGUUCCGGCGGAUAGCGAACUUCUACUUCCUGUGCAUGACUGUCAUCUCGAUUGUGAUCGACAGUCCCGUUUCACCGUUGACAUCCCUAGUCCCGCUAGUGUUUGUGAUCUCGGUGACGGCCGCAAAGCAGGGCUAUGAAAACUACCUCCGAUACCGGGCCGACAACAUGGUCAACUACUCGCUGGUGACGGUGCUGCGGGCUGGAGUCGAGAUGGACAUCCGCUGCCAGGACAUCCGGCAGGGCGAUAUCGUGAGGACGGCCCGGGAUUGUGAUAUGCCUUGUGAUAUGGUGCUGUUGAAGUCUUCGGAUGAAAAUGGAAGGUGCUACGUUACGACGGCCAAUUUGGACGGAGAGACAAAUUUGAAGACUAUGGUGGUGCCGAAGGGGCUGCCGAAUUUGUCUGAGGAUAAGCUGCAUACGCUGGGAAGGAUCGAGUGUGAAUUGCCUCGAACGGAUUUGUACACGUUCAACGGGAGAAUUGAGUUGGCCGAGGUUCACCAUAGGCAUGAGAUCACCAGUUUGGAUGGGCCAGGCCCGGAGCAUCACGUGCUGCCGUUGAUGGCGGAGAAUUUGUUGUUGAGGGGAUCUAGAGUAAAGAAUACGGAGUGGGCCAUUGGAUGUGCGGUUUACAUCGGUCAGAAUACGAAGCUAGCUCUGAAUAGUAAGAUGACGAGCAACAAGAUGAGUUCUAGCGAGGGAUACAUCAACAAGUAUUUGGUGUUCUUCCUGGUGCUGUUGAUAGCGAUCGUAACGGUUUCAUUUUUCAUGAAACGGUACAACGAUCGGUACCAUCAGGAGCACAACUUCUACCUCGGGGAGUAUUUGGCGACGUAUCGGGUGUCGCAGUUUCUGCAGGAUUUCUUCUCGUUUCUGAUUUUGUUCAACUACUUGAUCCCAAUCUCGCUGUACGUGACGAUCGAGAUGGCAAAGUUCUUGGGAGGUUUCUAUCUGGAGUGGGACCAUGAGCUGUUUGACGAAGAAACCGAUCAACCGUGUAUCGUCAAUACGUCGGAUAUCAAUGAGGAGUUGGGACAGGUUUCGCUGUUGUUUUCGGACAAAACUGGCACGCUGACGAAGAAUGUGAUGAUUUUUCAGCAGUGUUCGAUCAAUGGACGCAAGUACACCCAGAAGGGUAGACGACUGCAGGAGACAGGCCGCAGCUACGCGUUAAAGAUCAACGAGUGUUCGCGGCACGUGUACAACUUCUUCGAAGCUCUGGCCGUUUGUCACACUGUCCAAGUGGCCGGAGACUACACAAAUGAAGUUGAUGAUCCGGAGGCAGACCAAGGUGAAACGGAAGACGACGAGGACCAAAACGUAGUGGAACCUAACAACAAUCGAGCUGUUCGAAACUUUUCGUUGAUUUCGGAAGAGCUUGAGUCCAGUGUUGCCAACGAAUCCACGCUGGACGUAACGGGGUUAGUGCAGUUGAAAAACCUUGGACCACGAAGCCGAGCUCCGGUGGCGAUUCCCUCACUAUGUGAUAUUAAUAGCAAUGGUGAAACACUUAAUCCGUUGCUUCGUGCGACCAUUGAUCAACAACCGAAGAUUUCUGUUACAGAUGACGUUCAAGGCAGUAGAAGCAGUCCGCGUCCUCUUUCAGCGAGCCAACUUCGGGAGCCUAGGUCAAACGAAAACGUGGCCGUGAGACCUGCCAGUGAGACGGUCAUCCGACGACCGAGUAAUAGCGUAUUUGCUGGACUGCCGGACAAUCGGAUUCAUCCGAUAAGCUUACAGAUUCCACCGUUUCGACGAUCUCCUUCCAACGCCUCGUCCAACAGGUCCUCGCGGCCUCAGAGUUUGGUAGAGUCUAUUCAUUCGGACGUCGAAGAGCCGGGUCUGCGAAAUGGGUCCACAAAUCUGUUCCAAAACGGAAGUAAUGGGCAGCUGAAUGCUUCGCUCCAGUCGAUGGAGCUGAAGAGAGCCAUUUCGGCUUAUGAGGAAAAAAGUGAAAUGGAUCGACCGGUGAAGACGCAUCGGCGAACACAAUCGCACAUUCCACCCGGGAUGAAUAACAACAAAAAUAAUGGUAUUCUAGCUUUAGAUCGAGGGUCAGUCAGGUUAAGACGUAAUCGAAGCUCAAUACGAUCCACAGCCAGAGAGUUCUAUGCGGCACCCUCCUACACGACAGCUUCUCUACUGGACCGCCAGGAAUCCGUGAUGAAACACGAGGAGGUCGUUUCGUUUAUCAGAAAAAUGGACUACCAGGCAUCCAGUCCGGACGAAAAGGCCCUAGUCGAGGCCUGUGCCAGAAUGGGUCUAGUUUUCGUGGGUGACGAUGCUGACGUCCUCCACAUCAAGUUACGCGAGUCUUGCGUCAAGCGGAACGUAAAAUCGGUCUACGGCGAGGUUCCCAAGGAGGAAGUAGUCAAGUACACCCGCCUCGGGGUCCUAGAGUUCACUUCGGAUCGCAAACGCAUGAGCGUGAUCGUACGGGAUGCGCAGGGUCAGGUGUGGCUGUACACCAAGGGUGCCGAGAGUCAUGUGCUGCCACUGUGUACGAGGACGGCUUCGGGAUUGAUAAUUUCAACCCAGAGGCAUAUUAACGAAUUUGCGAAGCAGGGAUUGAGGACGCUGGCCGUAGCCAGGCGGAAAUUGACUCAGAUUGAGUUCGCUAACUUUAGGAACGAACUGAUACAGGCCAACAACUCGUUGACCGAUCGAGUUACCAAGGUCGAAGAGUGUCAGCGAAAAAUUGAGACCGGAUUGGAACUUCUUGGCGCAACAGCUGUUGAAGAUGCCCUACAAGACGAUGUCCGCGAUACGUUGGAGUCCCUGAGGAAGGCGGGAAUCAAGGUGUGGGUGCUGACCGGUGAUAAGGUGGAAACUGCCUUGAACAUAGCUCUUAGCUGUGGUCACAUUCCGGAUAAUGCGUAUCGGUACUUUGUGACCGAUUGUACGACCAUGGAUCAGGUUCAACGGCACUUUGAUGUGUUUUCGUUCGAGAUGUUCCGUGCUCCGGAGCGGGAGUACGCACUGCUGAUUGACGGUGCUAGCUUGGCGAUUGCGUUGAAGGAUUUGAAGGAGGUGUUCCGGGAUGUGUCAAUCAAAUGUAGGGCGGUUCUGUGCUGCAGGUUGAGUCCUCUACAGAAGUGUGAGGUGGUACAGUUGAUGAAGACUGUGGAUAGCAGCCCGGUAACGGCAGCUAUUGGAGAUGGAGCGAAUGAUGUUUCGAUGAUUCAGGAGGCCCAUGUUGGGCUAGGAAUUGUGGGCAAAGAAGGCCGACAAGCUGCGCGAUGCGCAGACUACGCUUUCGCAAAGUUUUGCAUGGUCAAAAAACUGCUGUUAGUUCACGGUCACUACUUUUCCACGAGACUGGCCAUUCUGGUGUUGUACUUUUUCUACAAAAAUCUUAUAUUUAUGGGAAUUCAGUUCUUCUUCCAAAUACACAGUAUGUUCUCGUCCCAGUCAGUGUACGAUUCCGUUUUCCUCACGCUAUACAACGUAUUCUACACCUCGUUGCCAGUACUUUUGCUAUCGCUCACGGAGAAGCCGUACAAGGAAGAAACGCUUAUGAAGGAACCCUCUCUCUACCAAAAGGUGGCCGGCAACAAACAGUACGCCUGGAAGUAUUUCCUCGGGUGGAUGUUCCUGGCCGUGUACCAUUCGUCGAUCGUGUACGUGUUCUGCUGGGUCAUCUGGGGCAACAAUCCGGCCAUCUACGCCUGGUGGCCUUCGACGGCGAACUUUGCCUGCUUCGGAACGAUUAUGAUUCACAACGUGGUGGUGCUGGCCAAUCUCAAACUGCUGCUGGAGGCCAUCUACCGCAGCUAUAUCUUCAUCGCAACCAUCUUGCUGUCGAUUUUCGGCUUCAUGGGGACAACCUUCAUCUACAACCUGUUUAACCUAAUUUUCGUUCCGUUGUCUCGUCUUGCUUCGUGUGUGACCUCCGUUGAUCCUUUGCCUUCAACGCAUUCCGUGAAUCGACCGCACCACAACAACAGCCUUGGGUUUACUUCCAGUAACUACGAUGGGGACAUGCUGCAGGUGUAUAACAAUCUGCUCUCGUCGAUGACCUUUUGGGGGCUGAGUUUGUUGAUCCUGGUGGCGGCCUUCAUUCCGGACUUCACCAUGUUCGCGGGUCGGGCGAUCGACAUCAAGAUUGGACACAUUUUCCCGGGUGGGGCGAAGUAUCGGCAGACCUUUUUCCAACGACGUACCGGAAACAACGUGGAAUCGACCUACCUGUAGAGCGGAUCAAUCGCCAAUUAGAGACUGCACCAAAACCUUUUUUUUAAACUUCGUCUGUUUUUUUUGUUAGAAUAAGAUAAGAGUGUAAAUAGCAUGACAUUGCUAAAAAGUGCCAAAAAUUUCCUAGUUACUGUUGUCAAAUGUGCGAGCGUGUAGGUAGGAGUUUUAAAUUAUUUGAACGUAUAGGGUUAAGCGACCAUUCGAAGCAACGAUUAUUUGACCGUGAUAGAUUAAGAGUUCCUUAUUGUUAUACCGCAAAGCUGGUAGAAGCAGUAUUUAAUUUAAAUGUUUAUGUUUUAUGAAACACUUUUUGCA